UGUGCGCAUGUCUUGCGUGUUAAACCCGUCGCACGUGCGCCGAAAAGCGAUACACCGUGCCUUCAUAAACCCUUCUUUUUUGUGCAACAAAGGAAUCUUGCAAAAGCUGCUGCUGCGUCCACAUCGGUUAUUACACUGGCGACGAGGCACGGUUGUGCCCAUGUGCGGAGGUCGUUUCCAGCAAGAUGGCCUUCGGCGUCCGUAUCGGCGAAUUUCACCUAAAUGGUAACUCUUCAUGGGGGGAUUACGUCGAGCAUAUAGAGCUAUGCUGCACUGCAAACAAGCUCAAGCAAGACGCCGACAAGAGGGCAGUAUUGCUGAGCUGCUGUGGGGAGGAUACAUACUCCCUGAUAGCUACUCUCGUCAAGCCUCUCCGACCACCGAACGCCGGCUACCAGCCCACCGUAAAUGCCGUGAAGAACCACAUCAACCCGAAGCCAUCGGAGCUAUAUUCAAGGUACGUGUUCUCGAAGCGAGAUCAGCACGACGUCGAAUCUGUCGCAGACUACUUUACAGCUUUACGUAAGCUAGCCGAGAACUGCGGGUUCAACGACAACCAGCUUCCUCUUGACGUAAUACUAAGGGACCGUUUGGUUUUUGGAAUCUCUUACAGCAUUGUGCAGCAACGUUUGUUGGCUGAGAAAGACCUAACUUUUAAGACUGCCUACGAUCUAGCAGUGACGGCAGAGGUUGCUGCAAAACAUCAAAGGGUUAUGGGCGGCCUACGUCAGGACGUCCCAGAUUUGACAGCUAAAGUGCACAGGCAAACCAUGAAGCAGCAUAAGAAUUGGCAAGAUGUAAAAACUUCAAGCGAGCAGUUGAAACGGCAAUGUUUCCACUAUUUGGGCAACCACGCUGCAUACCGUUGCAGGUUUAAAACUGCUGUAUGCUUCAAUAGUUCCGUGAAAGGGCACUUGGCCAAAGCGUGUCGCAAGAAACAUAGAGGUCAGGUUAACCACCAGUUAGAAAAUAUGGCAAACUCGGAGCAAACUGAGUAUGAUGACGUGCUAAAUAUUAGUCAAGUGACAGCGGUUGUCCCAAGUUUAUGGUUGCCGUAAGUAUAGGCGGUGAAAUAGUGCCCAUGGAAGUCUACUCAGGAGCAGCUAGGUCGAUUAUCAGUCAAAACACGUUCAGCAAACUGAAAGUGGCAAGGCGCAUAAAGCUUGAAGAAUCGGACACCAAGCUCGUAACUUGGACUAAGGAAGGAUUGGACGUCGUCGGAAAAGCCAUACUUCCGGUCAAAUUCAAGGAACAAGUCUUCGAGCUGCCGAUACUAGUUGUAAGGAACGAAGGUAGCACGCUUUUGGGUCGUGAUUGGUUCAAGGUCUUGCCCAAUAAUGUCACUGGGCUUCACAGCAUCGAACAAAACGGAAAAGCCCUUAUCAAAAUGUUUCCGGAUGUUUUUCACGAAACAUUUCCAGGCGCUACUCUGCCACCCCUACACAUCGAGCUGAAGGAAGACGCCCGCCCCAAGUUUCUAAAAUGCCGCAGCAUUCCGUUCGCACUGAAGUAUGACGUCAUCACAGAACUGGAAAAACUGGAACGUCAAGGUGUUCUGCAACCGACGCAAUACUCAGAAUGGGCCACCCCUGUGGUCAUCAUCCGUAAAAGUAUGGGUCAUUAAGAAUAUGCGGCGACUAUCGAAGUACAGUAAACCAAGCGGUAAGGAGCAACGUUUAUCCUUUACCUACUAGCAAGAACUUUUCGCAAAGUUGGGGAAAGGCCGUAUUUUUUCUAAACUUCACUUGACGCAAGCGUACCAGCAACUUGCAGUCGAUGACGCUACAGCAGAAGUGCUCACAAUAAAUACAGUAAAGGGCCUGUACAAAGUGCGACGUUUGCCGUUUGGUGUCUCGGCACCCGCAUUAUUUCAAAGAGCAAUUGAUACAGUGCUUGCAGGUCUAUGCCAGGUAGCGGCAUACCUUGAAGACGUCCUUGUGGCCAGCGAAACAGCAGAGGAGCACCACGAAAUCCUCAUGGAGGUUCUCAACCGACUGUCAAAAGCGGGACUGCGUGUACAAGGCGCCAAGUGUCAGUUCUCCAAAGAGAGCCUGGAGUACUUCGGACACCGUAUAGACGCCACCGGCAUCUACCCGUCAGACUAAGGUCGAGGCGAUUCACAAAGCACCUGUACCAAAGAACAAGGAGCUCCAAGCUUUUCUAGGUAUGGUGAAUUUCUACAAUCGUUUCCUAAAGGGUCGGUCCAAAGUUGCAGAAGUGCUCUACCGCCUACUGGACAGCGACAGUACGUAAAACUGGGGUGAAGAGCAGCAACUAGCUUUCGAAAGACUAAAGACGUUGCUGACGUCCGAGUCGCAUUUAGUGCAUUUCAACCCGGAUGCACCCUUAAUUCAGUCUUGUGACGCAUCACCCGUGGGUGUGGGAGCUGUAUUAGCUCACCGUGAUGCUCAAGGGCGCGAGCAACCUGUUGCUUAUGCGUCAAGAACACUCACUAAGGCGGAACGUAAUUACGCCCAGAUUGACCGCGAGGCUCUAGGUAUUGUCUAUGGCGUCCGUCAAUUUCAUCAGUACCUCUGCGGGUGAGAAUUCCGCAUCUUGACAGAUCAUAAGCCACUACUCGGUAUCUUUCAACGAGACAAGCAGAUUCCCGUUGUUUUGCCACCGCGCAUGUUGCGAUGGUCUUUGUUGUUAUCUGCUUACGAAUACAAAUUGGAGUAUGUGGAGAAACUGGAGUACGAACUGGAGUAAGAUCAGGCAAACGAUGUCUAAGCAGGCUACCGAUACCCGGUGGCAGGAGGGACAUCGAGCCUCCUGGCGACGUACUUUUGUUGGAAGCGGUGGAGUACCCUCCUGUGAGCGCAGCAGACGUCUCAUCAGCCACUAUGCGUGAUCCUUGCCUGUCACGGGUGAAGAAAUGGGUCGCAACUGGCUGACCAGAACAAGGUGUACCCCCAGAAUAUGCUGCCUAUCAGGUGAGGCGCGGAGAGCUGUCUUUUCACCGUGACUGCCUUCUGUGGGGUAACAGGGUCAUACUGCCAGAAGAACUGCGAGAAAAAGUCCUUGCCAUUCUGCAUGCAAAUCGCCCUGGCAUAACGGCCAUGAAAACUCUGGCAAGGUCAUAUGUGUGGUGGCCGAAGAUCGAUGCGCAGAUUGAAGAUUUCGUGCGUCAUUGCAAACUCUGUCAAGAUAACAGGCAAAGCGAACCUAAAACGCCUGUGCAUUUUUGGACGAAACCCGAAAGCCCGUGGAGCACAAUUCACAUAGAUUUUGCAGGGCCGUUAAGGGCGUUUUCUUUCUUGUCGUGCACGCGCUAUCAAACUGGGCCGAGAUCUAGAUAAUGCCAUCGCUUCAUUUCUCAGCUGUGAUCGAAAAACUGCGAAGACUGUUUGCUUCAUACGGAUUGCCGGAGUUGGUUGUUUCUGAUAACGGCACCUGCCUUCUCGAGCAGCGAAAUGCAAUCUUUUUUGAACAAAAAUGGCGUGCGCUACAUGUAUACCACUCCAUACCAUCCCGCAAGCAAUGGAAGGGCUGAACGCAUGGUUCGCGGGCUAAAGUGUGCGCUUCGAAAGCAGACCCAGGGCAGAGUGGCAUGUAAAGUUUCUCGUUUUUUAUUCAAGCAGCACUCCGCGCCCCACUCGGAAACCGGCAAGACGCCAGCAGAACUCAUGCUGGGUAGGAGCUUCCGCUCUGUCUUGUCGAGACUGCAGCCUGGCGCAAAAGGCCCUUGAUGUACGAAGCCGCCAUCCUCGAGGGAGUUUCUGCAAGGUGACCCCGUGUAUCUGCGGAACUUCUUUCCUGCUCCGAAGUGGCUGGCCGCACCAAUACUGCGUCGCUUGGGCCACGUCAUGUACAACGUACAGACUUCCGAUGGUUCAGUACACUAACGUCAUCGCAACCACGUGCGGAGAGCAUGGGAUGCUGUACCGAUAGUCUCUCACGCUAACCCCAGCUUCAAGCUUCCAGUGACGCAAACUGCAGUACAGAGAUCGCCUAGUCCAAAAGUUCCGCAAGCAUGCCGUAGGUCUACUCGUGUACGUCGCCCAGUGCUUCGUUAUGGCAUUGACUACUAGGUGGGAAGGGAUGUGAUAACAGAGCGACGUGGCUGAGUUGGCUAAUUUGUGCGCAUGUCUUCCGUGUUAAACCCGUCGCACGUGUGCCGAUAAGCGAUACAUCGUGCCUACAUAAACCCUUGUUUUUUGUGCAAUAAAGGAAUCUUGCAAAAGCU